CUGCUCUUCCCUCCCGUCCCCUACUUCUCGCUAGCAGCUGCAAUUCAAAUCUACGCUAAGCUAAGUUGUCGAUAGCGAAACCCAGUUUUUGUAUUCAAGAGAAAAUGGCGCUGGUGGUAAUUUGUGGACAACCCUGCAGUGGGAAAUCCACGGCUGCAAAAUGCCUGGCUGAAGCUCUGAAUGAUUCGGAAUGCAAACAGACGGUGAGGAUCAUUGAUGAAGCUUCGUUUCAUCUAGACCGCAAUCAAAGUUAUUCUAAUAUGCCGGCCGAGAAGAACUUGAGGGGAGUUCUCCGGUCCGAAGUUGAUAGAUCUGUGUCCAAAGAUAAUAUCAUUAUAGUGGAUUCUUUGAAUAGUAUCAAGGGUUACCGGUACGAGCUAUGGUGUUUGGCUCGUGCUGCGGGGAUACGGUAUUGUGUCGUUUAUUGCGAUGUUGAGGAUAUGCAGUGUAGGAAAUGGAACGAGGAACGUAGGGAGAAAGGAGAGGCUGCGUAUAAUGAUGUCAUAUUUGAGGAUUUAGUUAGAAGGUUCGAGAAUCCGGAUAGAAGAAACCGAUGGGAUUCACCGUUGUUCGAGUUGAGGCCUCAAAUUGAUGGAGUGGAGAAAUCAUGUGUUGCCAUUGCAGAUGCAGUUUCUUAUUUGACAAAAAAAGUGGACUCGAAAUCAUGUGAUGUUAAAGUUUUGCAGCCUACGAUCGCUACGCAAAAUAUGCGGUUUUCAGACGCAAAUUCUUUGUAUGAGAUGGACAAAGCUACACAGGAGGUGAUUAAUGUUAUUGUGGAAGCACAAUCCCAAGCCAUUGGAGGACCACUUGCUGGUAUUUCUACCGGUCGGGGUUUACCAAGUAUCGAUAUUUCCCGACCUGUCGGGUUGCCUGAACUACGUAGACUACGGCGUACGUUCAUCAAGUUAACGGGGCAAACAAGUUUGAGUGGGCGACCUCCGCCUUCUGAUGCUGACAGCGUGAAAAGGAUGUUCGUAGACUAUCUGAAUAGAGAAUUAGGAACCAUAUAGGAUUAUCCCUUCAUCAUUGUUGUCAAAGACUUAAUGUUUUGUUUAUUAUUGCUUUCUCUAAUGAGCAGUUACUGAUUGUCUUGGAAUUAUUGGACUU